CAAACGGCGAAGAAAGAGAGAAGUUUGUUUUCUUCGAAAGAAGCAUUCAAUUUUUACCACUCCAUUUUUACGAAGAAAAAUAUAUAUUGGUGAGAAGUUUAAAUUAAUUUUCUGUCUAAAUUAAUACAAAUUCAGCUCCGGAAAUGGGCGUAAACGAUGCAAUGAAUUACGUUUUGUUUAACAACCCUGUAGCCAGUGGAGUGUGGUCAUUUUUGUCAUCCGGGAGCGGCAUGAAAUCAAAGGGGGCAAUUGUUGGCCAGCAGAUUGCCAAUCAAAGUACGAAAACGAUGGUGUCGGAAACGUUGCCACCGUUGUACAAGCUUGUGGGAUCUAGCCGGCCCAUUAUGAAGUUGGCUGCUCUUAGUGGCGCAACGGCGGUUAUGCUCGGGGCCUACGGUGCCCAUCAUCGGUUCAACAUCGUCGACGAGAAGGAACGCGAUCCAAAGGAUAUCUUCAAGAUGACUAACCAGUAUCACUUCUUGCAUUCGCUGGCACUGCUGGCGGCCCCUUUGGCCAGGAAGCCAUAUCUGACUGCUGCAUUUCUAACGUCGGGAAUGGCAUUAUUCUGCGGCACAUGCUAUUACAUUUCCUUCACCAAUGAUCGUCGUGUCAGCCAGCUUACUCCAGUUGGUGGAUUUCUUCUGAUCUUCGGAUGGCUUUCUUUCUUGAUCUAAGCGUAGCACGAGGAAAGUAAUUUCACCCAUAACAUCGCUUGGCUUAUUUCAUAUGGAAUCGUUGCUGUAGUAGGUGUAAAAAAUAGAACUUGUUCAAAUAAAAUAAUCUUUGUGUCCAGAAAUCCGUCAAGGCUCUCAGAGA